AAAGUUGGAAAAAAUGGUUAAAAUGCGCUCAUUUCUUUUUUCUUUUCUUUUCUUUCCUUUGUUUCUGUAAUCGUAAACCUAUUUUGUUUCCCAUUGAAAAAAGAAAACAACCGGAAGAGUUCCCAGUGGUCUUCUUCGGCGGCGGUGAUUGAGGCUACACUCCGAUCUCCUACUCCGACGCAGGGCUGCAAAUUUGAUUACCGAGUGAAAAGGGGAGAUGGGAGGCAAAGGAAUGCGGAGGAGAGAGCGGAAUUACAGAGCUGCUCAUGGUGGCUAUGAUCGUCUCCCACCGCCGCCUGACACUUCCCAACCCGACACUCUACCUUCUAAACUCCGCAAGUUAAUGUCCUUUACUUCCUCUCGAUCUCAAGAGCCUGAGAAGGUCUCUGAAGAUAUUCAGCGAAAGCGCAAGAGAGAAGCUGUUAAUACCGAUAAGAAAUCCAAUCAAAAGGAUGCUUCGGGAAGCAAAGCUAAUGGUGGGAAUUCUCAAAUGCCUCAACGUAUGGGUAGUGACGACGACAACAACGUGCACAGCAAGUCCAGUGAGAAGAAAAACAAAAAACGAAAGAGAAAGCAAGUUACUGACCUUCGUUUUGAAGACUCAUUGGAGGAAUCAAGUCGACGUUUAAAGAAACGGGAACGUUGGAAAAAAUAUCAGGAGGCAAAGAAAAACAAACACAAAAAAGCCAAGACAGAGGAGUAUCUAGACUUCCCAAAACAUGAGAAAAUAAAAUUUGGAGACGUGGUUGAAGCUCCACUGAAGUUGCUUGCAGUUCCGAAGGCAUUUAAAUCUGCACAAGUUGCUUCUCAAGAGAGGAAGCGUUUGCAGGCUAUAAAUGAGUACAGAAACCGCAAGGGAUGGACUUCAAGGCCAGGGAUACAAAUACCCUCAAUGACUAUAUCACCAGCUGAUUAAUUUUGGCAGAUGGAUUUUGCAUUAAUGGCGGUAGUUGUGUUGGGGCAGCAGCAGAUUUUGUUUCAUUAGGAGGCCAUAAGCUGGCAUUGGAAUGGGAAUCUCUCUCUCUAACCAAGUACAGGAGAGUUAUCAGAAUGUGCUCUAAAAGGGACGAUUUGUUCUAAAAAUUACCAAGCAUUCAACUGAGAAAUCAAACCCAAGAUUCUCAAAAUCUUAUCAAAAACAGGUUGUGUGAUGAAAGCUGUUAUAACCAUCGCCUGCUCGUUGUUUCUUUGUAUGAGAAUAAUAGUCUAGUCUUGUUUAUGAAGUUUAUGGUUCCAGUUUAAUUAGGAUGAGAAUGCUAUACUAUGUUUUUGGUUCAAUUAUAGUCUAGUCUAGUCUUUUUGGUUCAAUUAUAAUUGAUGUUUUGUUGUAGAGAGUAAGUUUGUAUCAGCUUUAUUUCUAUACUAUGUUUUUAUUUAUCUAUUCAAAUUUUUGUUUUCGAUAGUAUGUUAUGAUGGUAAAUGUAACAGGAAAGUAACCAUGAUGGCAAUGGGUUGGUCUAAUGAUAGAUAAAAGUUGUGUAUGUAAUGAAAAGGAUUAUAAUUUUAGUGUUA